AUGGCGGCGUCACUACUCAAGUCCAAGAUCUUGGCGGAAGUUCAGUCUGAAGAAUCCAGCCGCAAACCUUCUCCCCAACCCACUCACGUCAGCCUCCCAUAUUCGCCGCUUACAAACGGCAAUGGCAAUCGGACUCUGCGCUCUGCCACGGUUGGCUAUGUCGCUCCGGAGUUCGCUGGGAAGCUCGAGCAGAUGAGCUCUGUCAAGAAAAUCCUGCAGCAGGCUGGCUUCAUCCCAGAAACCCUGAUUGAUGAACAGAUUAAGUGGUUCUAUGAGCAGUUGGGCAUUGACGAUGUUUACUUCCGCAUCGAGACCCCAGAUGCCAUCGCCAACCACAUAAGUUCCCUUUACGCUGCCAAGGUGGCAGCUUAUUCCCGAGAGGACAAGAAGGAGGAGAUUCGCCUGGACAUGGAGGCAAAUGAUCAUGCCAUCUACAUUGACACAAGUGAACCGGGCGAGAGCAACGUUGGUGGACCCAGAUACGAGUCUCGCCUUGAGGCCAAGUACCUUGAUCACCAGGGAAAGACGAAAUACCGUGUAGAGACCUUUCGCUCCCCAGCUGUCAUUGGCGCAAGUCCGUCAUCAAAAGCGACAUUACGAUGCUAUUUUGUCUACCAGUGUCAGUUCUCUCAAAGCCCCAAGGACACGGAUCCCCAGGAGACCAACAUAGAACGUAUUUCGGAUGCUGGCUUCUGGCAAAAGGCCACCGAAAACACCAAGCAGAUUUACCAGGAGAUUAUUGAACUCGCUGUCAACCGAACGGGACCCGUCAUCGAGGUCUUUGAUAUUGAGGACGUCGCCGAGAAGCGACUAGUUGUUGCCUUCCGAACAAGAACCGCUCGCGGCAUGUUCUCUGCCCUCAGCGAUCUUUACCACUACUACGGCGUGACCAGUUCCAGAAAAUACGUGGAGCAGUUCUCGAAUGGCAUCACCGUGAUGAGCAUUUAUCUCAAGCCGUCAUCUCAUACUGAUGGCUACUUUCCUCCUCUGGACGAGUCUAUUCACCAAAUCACCAAAGAGAUCUCACUUCUGUAUUGCUUGCCCCAAAACAAGUUCCACAAUCUGUUUGCGAUUGGAGCCCUUAGUCUCCAGGAGGCUGUCUAUGCUCACUCUGUUUGGGUCUUCGUACAACACUUUUUGAACCGACUUGGUCCCGAAUAUGCGUCCUUAUCCGAAGUGCUGGAUAUGGACGACCCAGCCCAGGCUGCUCUGCUUUCCAAGUUGAAGCGUCGUCUGCGAACUGAAACUUUCACCCCAGAUUACAUUCUCGAAAUUAUUCAGACGUACCCAGAGCUGGUCAGGCUCCUCUAUGCAUCAUUUGCCAACGUCCAUCUGGGCGCCAAGAACGAGCAGGUCGCCGUUACACCUGCCGUGGACAUUCUUAGUGAUGAGAAACUCAAGGACAAGAUAUCCAAGACGGUUGCGAACGAGCAUGAUGAGAUGGUCAUGACUGCCUUCCGCGUUUUCAACAACGCCAUCCUCAAGACCAACUACUUCACCCCUACUAAGGUUGCUCUAAGCUUCCGCUUGGAUCCUGCUUUCCUGCCCGAGGUGGAGUAUCCUCGCCGUCUGUAUGGCAUGUUCCUUGUGAUAGGGGCUGAGUCGCGUGGUUUCCACCUCCGUUUCCGAGAUAUUUCACGUGGCGGUAUCCGUAUUGUCAAGUCUAGAAGCAAGGAAGCCUACGCCAUCAACGCUCGCAACUUGUUCGAUGAGAAUUAUGGCUUGGCAUCAACCCAGCAGCGAAAGAACAAGGAUAUUCCCGAGGGUGGAUCCAAGGGUGUCAUUCUUCUCGACCCCAAGCAGCAAGACCGCGCGCAGGAGGCUUUCGAGAAAUACAUUGAUAGUAUUCUUGAUCUCCUGCUGCCGGCUCAGACGCCGGGCAUCAAGAACAAGCUCGUAGAUCUCUACGGAAAGGAAGAAAUUCUGUUCAUGGGCCCUGAUGAGAACACGGCCGAUCUAGUCAAUUGGGCCACCGAGCAUGCCAGAGCCCGAGGUGCUCCUUGGUGGAAGUCUUUCUUCACUGGCAAGGCGCAGAAGCUUGGGGGUAUUCCUCACGACAAGUAUGGCAUGACCACACUCUCUGUCCGUGAGUACGUCAAGGGCAUCUACAGGAAGCUCGAACUCGAUCCUGCUACUGUUCGCAAGAUGCAGACUGGUGGUCCGGAUGGUGACUUGGGCAGUAACGAGAUCCUUCUCGGCAACGAGAAAUGGACCGCUAUUGUUGACGGCUCUGGUGUCAUCGCCGACCCCAAUGGCCUCGAUCAGGAUGAGCUUGUUCGUUUGGCUAAGAAGCGUGCGAUGAUCAGCGAGUACGACAUGACCAAGGUGUCCAAGGACGGCUACCGCGUUCUUUGCGAGGAUACCAAUAUUGCCCUCCCUACGGGCGAAGUCGUCACCAACGGCACCUCCUUCAGAAACACGUACCAUCUUCGUGACACAGGAAUGACGGAUGUUUUCGUUCCCUGCGGUGGUCGACCCGAGUCUAUUGACCUCAUCUCCGUCAGCAGACUGAUCAAGGAUGGAAAGUCGACUAUCCCAUAUAUUGUGGAGGGUGCCAACCUUUUUAUCACGCAGGAUGCCAAGCUGAGGCUCGAGGCUGCUGGCUGCAUCCUUUAUAAGGACGCCUCCGCGAACAAGGGUGGUGUCACUUCUUCCUCACUCGAAGUUCUCGCGUCUCUUUCGUUCGAUGAUGCGGGUUUCGUCGAGAACAUGUGUGUAGACGCCAGGACUGGCCAGGCACCGCAGUUCUAUAAUGAUUAUGUCAGUGAAGUGCAGGCCAAGAUCCGCGAAAACGCCCGCCUCGAGUUUGAGGCCAUCUGGCGCGAACAUGAAGCCACCGGCGUGCCUCGCUCUAUUCUCUCAGACAAGCUAUCCAAUGCCAUCACUACCCUGGACGAGGAGCUUCAGCAAUCUGAUUUGUGGAAGAAUGGGAAGAUCCGUCAAGCAGUUUUGGGCGACGCCUUGCCCAACUUGCUCCUGCAAAAGAUUGGCUUGGAGACCAUCAUUUCUCGCGUACCCGAGACUUACUUGAGAGCCAUUUUCGGCAGCUUCUUGGCCAGUCGUUUCGUGUAUGAGUUUGGCAGCGAGCCUAGCCAAUUCGCCUUCUUUGACUUCAUGUCGAAGCGUAUGGCGCGGCUUACGGGCCAUCCAGACGGUGCCGAGCAGGCCAGAGUGAGGAUGAGUGGAAUUUGA